AUGAGGCUUGGUAUAGGGCAUUGCGCAGAUGUGGCUAAAUUGGAGGGUCAGCUUGCUGUUGCAAAUCGUGCCGUUGCUUUGCAGCAGAAAUCUCUUAAGGAGCUAAAUGAGGAGUUGUCUGUGACCAAGUUUUGCAUUGAGAAAUUUGAGGCUGCCGGAGAUGCUAUUCUUAAAGAGAAAAUCAGCAUACAACAAGUGCUUCAAAGAAAAAUUGAAGAACUUUCAAAAUCGACUUCUGAGUGCUCUAGGUUACAGGAGAGGAGUCUAGCUUUGGUCAAAGAGCUUGUAUCAUACAAAUUGGUGUCAGAUUUGGAUUUAGAUGAAGAGGACGUAUUGAGGCUUGCAUUGAUCGGCCAUGGGUCAAACAGCAAUGAUAUCAUUGAAACUCUCAAUAGAUCUCUUGUUCUUCGCAAUAAGAGAUAUAAAGAGUUGAUGGCCCAAUGCAACUUGCUGGGACGGGAAGAGAGUCAUUCACUUCAAAAGCUUCAGAAGGCUAUUGAAAAGAUUAACAAGCUGAAGGGAAGAGUACAAGUAGAGAGAGUUCUUGAAGAGAAAGAAAACAAAGCAUUACGGUCCCUGACGAUCUUCAAAUGUGUAGAGAAUGGUGCUUAUCUGAGCAGGUUUGAGCUGAAUUCAGUGAAAACAAUUGCUCCUGGUGGUUUAUCAACUAAAAAGGAAGAGAAAUCCAUCAAACCCAUCUCAAUUGACGUCGAAUCUGAUGCUUCUUUCAUCAUAGAUGACCAUGGGGGGAAUCCUUCUACAGUGCCUGAGACUCCAAGCACUGGCUUGGAACCUCAAAUUCAAGCACAUAUUUGCAAGGAAACUGAGGCCCACAAAACUAAUUUGUAAGGACCAUUGACAAAAAAUGUGCCCCCCAAAUCAGGGAAUGUAAAGGUGGUUGAGAAUAAGAGAGAUGGAGCAGUUAACAGGCCACUUGAUACAAGCAUGCAGGAAUCACUUUUUGCUGAAAGCUUAGAAAAUAUAUCUUCCUUCAUUCCCAUUAAGAAGGAACCUUCAGUUGUCCAUAUUGAUUCGAUUUCAACUCCUGGUAGUCUUUCUUUGAGUUACAGGAACUGCAGUCUUUUGCAAAUGCAUUUUAGUUAUUAUAAAAGCUAAUAAACAGAUUCUUUUUUCCAUUUCUUGACAUUCAAAUCCUGUAUUUAGGAAUUUUUCAAGGAAUUCUACAGGAUAUUUUCACAAUUUUUAGUUUUUCUUAGAAAUUCUCAAGAAAACUUGGGAGUAAGUUUAAAAAGGAAAAUUUGUCACUAAGGAAACUAGAAAAUAUAUGAAAUGAAAUCACUGUUAUAAAAUUCAUUUAAUGGAGAGGUGAGUUAAUUUGCAGGAUUUAUUAGCUUGAUGGCAUCAAGCAUGAGAGCUAGUGCAAAGUGGUGCAGGCCAGCUUAAAGUGAGACAUGUUCAUCUGGAUCAUCAAUUCCAAGACAUGGGGUCAGUGGUGAUCUAGUAGCUGUUGGAUCAGAUGGCAGGGUUGGAAGGAUCAAAGUAUUAAGAUCCCAGAACAGCUUCUUUGAUGUGGGGCAUGAGGGGUCAUUGUGGGAAAAGGUUCCCAAGAGGUGCAAGAUUGGUGCCAAGCAAAGCAAUUACAAUAACAACAAUAACCGUAAUCAGUCUCGUGGCUGGCUCCAAAUUGAGCAUUAUUUUCAAAGAUGAGCGCGAUGAUGGAAGGCUGCAUGUGUAUGCAUGAUCUUUUUGUAAAUGUAAAUUUGUUAUUUUGAAUUGGAGAUGCCCAUUUGUAAAUGGGUUGCCAGCAAGCAAACCAAUUUAUUCAUUUUGCUAUGCUAAUGGAUAGCAUGCUAAUCAACUGUGGCUCUCUUAACAGUGUACACAACGGAUAAUGGAAAUCCAAGAUUGGCACCAUGCUGCCGUAAGGAAUGCCCAUGCAACUUGUAUGUUUGUAUAAGUUUAUUGAUAGAGAGAUUCUUU